UGCGUGUGUAUAUAUAUAUAUACAUACAUACUGUGGACAUUCCAUAUCUCCGUUAUGUAAAAGUUACCCGUAAUCAUUAAUUAGAACAGGUGUGACAGUGAAUAAUAAUGAUGUGUUUCUGCCAUAGGAAUCGCUUGAAGAGUCAGGGUGAUUAGGAAAAAAAAUAUAUGCCUAUGAUUUUAUUAUACAUUGCAGUUUUUUGUUUAUUUCUUAAUCACGACCAUUUUUUCCACGUAUUAUUUUCAAGUAAGAAGAAGAAAAAUCAAGGAAAGAGGAAAAAAUGUAUUUAAUAAAGAAAAAAAAAAAUGGAGAGAAAAAAACACGAAAUUUUGCCUUUAAUAAAAAAAAGUUUAAGAAAAGAACAACGAAAUAGAAAAACGAAAUUAUACAUUUAAUAAUAAAAAAAACACUCAAGACAAGAACAAAGAGAAAGAAAAAAACACGAAAAUAUGCAUUUAAUAAGAGCACAUCAGCUGGUUGACGAGGUCCAAUAAGUAACACUAUUUAUCAUCAAGUCACGGACCCAAAUCCCUUAUAAAGGAUCGAAUCCUCCUCUCAAACCCCCUCCGACUCCCCGCAAGCAGAAUCCAACCCUACGCGCAAUUACGCAUGACAAGAGACCCACACAACUCCCCCGGCGUCUAUAGUCAUAGUAAAGUUUACACUACAGGUUAAUGGAAACGCGACGAGGACAGAGACUACAGGGCUUUUAGGACUUCUACAGCGAGAGGAAGGGCGCGGAGGAUGUCGGUAGUGAGCUAGAGCACCAUGGCGCCCACGGCGGGUCAGAACACCUCGGCCUCCACCCACCAGCAGACGAGAAAUGGCACGAAAGUGUUUAGGAUUGUGGUGUUGGGAGAGGGUGGGGUCGGAAAGUCGGCUUUGACGCUACAGUUCGUGAGUCACAGCUUUCUGGAGUACCACGACCCAACUAUUGAGGAUGCAUAUCAGAGACAAGCUGUUAUUGAUGGAGAACCAGCAUUGCUCGACAUACUGGACACAGCUGGCCAGAUUGAAUUCACUGCCAUGCGGGAUCAGUACAUGCGGUGUGGUGAGGGCUUCUUGAUCUGUUACUCUCUGACUGACCGUCGGAGUUUCGAAGAGGUGGCAGGGUACCGGAAGUUGAUUGCGAAAGUGCGCGGGUCUUCGGACUCCAUUCCCAUUGUCCUGGUGGGCAAUAAGGUUGAUUUGGAUGAUCCGGUGCACAGGAAGGUCUCGACUGAAGAAGGCCAAGCCCUGGCGCAGUCCAUGGGCUGUCCCUUCUUCGAAACGUCAGCUGCUUUGAGGCAAUAUGUCGAUGAUGCAUUCCACAUGCUUGUGCGGGAAAUUCGUCGCAAGCAGAAGGAAGCAGCUGGAGGCGAGAACCAGGGCAGGAGCCGGUCUCUCUCGCGCUGGAGAAGGUUCAAAAACAUAUUCCUGUGGAUUUUUCGGCGACCACGGUAUAAGUAGAAGCGAAAUCGGAAGUCAACAACGGGGAUUGACGAUUUAGAGCUUACAGGUCUAUAGGGUUAUACAAUGUGGUUCUUCCAUAAGUGCUUGUGAGAGUAUGCCUAGUGCCAUAAUAAGAAAUAAAAGAGAGAAAAUAAGAAACAGAGACUUCUCAGUAGAUCUAGGGAUAUUUAUGUAGUUCAUUCACAUUACACAGUUCACAUGCUGUGCUCCACGUCAGACGGAGAAAUUACCGAAAAAAGGAAACAAAUAAAGAGGAAAAAUACAAACGAUGUUGCUCAGAUGUCAUCAUGGAGAAGACAUUGAUUUUGUGGUAUGCUUUUUGUAUGGGAAUGUUAAAUGUAGAGUUAGAUUCAGAAAUAAGGAAAGAGGGUUUCUACUGACAAUUUUUAUGGAUGUACGAAUUUUUAUUCUCUCUCUCUUACUCUGUGGUAUUUGUCCAUGAAGGAGAGAAUGAAACAUAGAUUUAUUGAUUGUAUUAUGGCAUAUGAAACGUAGUAAAAUUUGUUUACGCGCAAAAUUAAGAGAUAAAUGGAGAUGUGAUAUUCUUCAUUUAGAUUAUGUUUCUCAAACAUCAGGACAUCUUAGGAUAAUUCUUAUGAAAAAAGAAUAAGUUUCAGAUUUACUCUAGAUCUAGAUCACAGGAGAUAUUUAACAGUUGUGUAAGAUCCUUCGUUAUUCAUUUUGAAGUUUAAAGAAAAAACUUUUUGAAAGGAGCAAGGUGCUGUCUUUUUUACACUGUAUAUACCGAUAGGCCUUAUCAAGGGGAUUAUUAUAUGAUACCAUGUUCUUGUGCUUUUAAUGCCAGUGUGAUGUAAUAUAUAUAUUGUAAAUAAGAGUGAUACACUGCCUGGUCUUGACCCAUGAUAAAAGUGUCUCACUUACACAUCCGGUUGUAGUAGUUAGCAAUAAGCAUCCGCGGCGUCUAAAACAACGAAAUUCUACUGGAACCAUUAAAACACUCACGUUCGGGGCAUGGCUGUUAGGAACAUGCUCUCCUUGGUAUUCUACAGCAGUAUUCCGGUAUGAGCUCCAAUGCCUCCAAUCAGAUGGGGGCGAUGGGAUGUGACUGGCGGCAGUACUUAUGCCGUGUGUAGGGGCAUAGAGGAUUUUUUUUUGUUGGCAAGGACAGCGGAGUCUCAUUUUACGGUGUAGAAAGAUCACCAGAGUUAUGUAUAGUUAGGUUUUUGUCUCUUAUUUUGCUUUAUUUAUUUUUUUAUUUUUUAUUUUUUUAUUUAUUUAUUUUUUUUAUUUUUUUAUUUAUUUAUUUUUUUUCAUAUUCUUGUGAUCACUGAAAACGAGCAAAGAGUUUGCUCAUUCUAUUUUUUUCUUCUUCUUCUUCUCCUUCUUUUUUAUCUUUUCUUUCUUUUUUUUCUUUUUUUUUUCUUCUUUCAAACAUUCAUUUUCAUUUAGAAAGUCCGUAACUUGCUUAGAUUAAAACACUGGUUUUUGAUAAUCUUUAUUACAGAAGGCUUAGCACGCACUCUCUCUUGCUCUAACGUGAACUGGAGUUUGAAGUGAACUGUUUAUAUUAUAUUUGCCUUUGAGAUCUGUGAGAGAAACUAAAAGAUUGUUUUAUUUAAUCUAUAUCUUUAUGAUGAUUAUUAAUUUUUAAGGUUUUAUCUAAAAUGUAUUAUAUUGUUAUUUCAGAUGUGUAUUAAGGGAGAAUAAUGUUAUAUGAGAGGAAGGGAUCUAUGUAAUGUUGCUAAGUGAAUAUGAUAAUGAGAUUUGUACAUGUGGUUAAGAAACUUUUUUUUUUUUUCUUUUUCUUCUUCUUAUACUUCAGGAUAAAUUAUCAAGUUAUGACUGUACCUAGAAUGAGAUCUAUAAACUGGAAUAUAUAUAUAUAUACAUAUAUACUUAUAUUAUUUAUGUAUGUAGGAAAUGGAAAGGAUUCAUUCUGCUUGUCUCUAAAUACUUUCCCCCUCAGCGGUGAUAGACUUCACAAAAUACUUUUGUUCGCACAAGAUUGGUUGUGUAAUCAUUGAUGAUAUAGUUAUACCAGAUUUUAUUAGGAAGUGAUGCUAGUCAUAGAAAAGAAGGGACAAAAAGAGAUACAAAAAGUGUUACAUCCAUAUAUAUUUAUUGUGUAUAUAAAAAAGAAAAGCCUUUCCUUGGAAAUAUACUCAAAUGGUUUAGGAUUGUACUAGUGUCAGUCUUCUGAAUGAGGAGGGAGCAUUUUUUAAUUUUUUUUUUUCUUUUUUUUAAUAUAAAUUAUGAGGUAUGCUUUGUGAAGCAUAUUUUAUCUCAAUCACCUACCUAUUUUAGGCAGCAUUAGGAAUCCUUGCAUUAUGUUACGUUGAAGCAUUGAGAGUUCCGAGCCCUCAGUUGUGUAUUUCGUCCUCCGUGUCACUUCCAUGUUGGCAUUAGGGGGUUGGUUCGCAUUGAUUCUCAGCACUUUGGUUAUGGCCUUUGAUUGCAUCUUUGGUGGAAGCAAUAGCCUGUAAUGCUGCAGUGUUAACAAAUCUAUGAGGAAUGGUAUUGAUGUCGUGGAUGGGAACAUUUCGGACUGGCGUUUACGGGAGCUACCGCUUUCUACUUGACUAUGCUGCGAGUUUUGUUCGAUUUCAGCGAGAUUUAGCACACGUUUAGGGGACGGUGAGAGAUGAGUUGGGUAAUUGAUUUCUGAGCUAGGGUACAAAUUAGAGUGAACUAGGUAUCACUUCUUAAAAACAGAAAGUGUUUCUUGUAUUCAUACUUGUAGAAUUUUGAUGGUACCAGAAAAUUGUGAGUGGAAUGGUGAUUUUUUUUUUUUUUUUUUUUAGAAACAAGCCUCACAUGACAGGUAGUUAUGGAAUUUACAUUUUGAGAAAGCAUUAAAAGAUUUUCUUUAUUAUUUGCGAGAUAUAUUCUGCAAAGGUGGGGUGAGGGGGAAAAUAGAAGAAAUGUUGGAUAUAGACUGAUUGAAUAUUUUUUUUAGCACUUUCACUUGGUAUUGAAAUGAUUGUUGUAUGAUCAUUGCUGAGCCUGUUGAUCUCAAAGUUCUAUUAAUGUUUCAAGAAAACAGCCUGUGAACUUCUUUCAGAUUUGAAGACAAACUGUGUACAAAUGAGAGAGUGGGAGUAGAAAAUGUUAGAUACAGAUUUCUAAGUGCUUUUCAGCAAUAAUAUGUGGAACGUGGAUAGGAGAUUUAAUUUUUAGCACAAAAAAAGGCGGUGGCUCCCAUUGAUAAUAGGUGGAAGCCUGUUUUGCAAACAUAAUGGAGAUUUUUUUUUUUUUUUUUUUUUUUUUUGAAGGUCAAAUGCACAGGUCAUAGGCACACAAGCUACUUCUAUGUACUGUGAAGUAAAAUCUGAAUUACAUAGCAUUUUAUGGGUUCUAGGCCUAUGGUAUCCUUUAUGAGUUUGAAGUGUAACCAUAGGUCUUUCUCAAAAUCAUAUUGAAGGUAUUUGUGGUCCUCAUUUUUCAGUGAGGCCCAAUAUCUUAGAGAUAAGUUUUAAAGAUAGGUAAUGUUUUUUGGGGGCACUUCAGGUCUGCACUUGCAAUUUUUGGAAUGUCCUUUCUUUCUUUUUUUUUAUGAUAGAGGAGGGAUAGUCAAAAUGCAUUGACUGUGUGUUGUUGUCUCUCCUCAGUUUUGAUGCUGAGAUUGUGGUAAUGUUAACUGAAUAUUUUUCAUUUUCCUCUUUUUGAAUUCUAUUUAGCAUGCAAUACCAUUUCCUUUUACGUGCUUCAGCUGUAGUAAGUCAUCCAGUGUCUCGCAGAAGGUCAUCAGAAGCAGUGAAUGUGGUUUACAUUUAUUUAAUGACUGACUUACCCCCAAACAUCAGGCUCCAUGCACUCUCCCCCCUUCCCAGGACUGGACCCCAAAGUAUUUUACCUUCGAGAAACAAUCACAGAUGUCGUUUCCUUUCUGUUAUUACUAUGUCAGCUGGCUGGUGUAUUUUUAUAUUAGCAUUUUUUCUAAGGGCCUUUCCUGCAUGCUCCUCAGCUGCCCUGGAUAGGCCCAACAUCCCCCCUUCACCUCCAAUUAACACAACUCUAGUGCACGAGGGAGCCCAUGACACCUCUCUCGGUAAGCUGGGUGUGCUUUCAGUUUGAAACUUGCUGGUAGAAUAGGAAGACUUCCUCGAAAAUAAACCAGUGUCUGGGGGUUAAUUAUACAAAAUGAUCACAUAAUAUACCUGAGGAUGAAACUGCUGCUACAGUGGGCUUUUCAUUUAUGUUCAAUGAAUUUUUAAUUAACUUCAUGCAUUGUUGUCUAAUUUAUAAUUUUUCUGUUAUUUACAUUUGACCAUGCAUUUUAUGCUACCAGAGUAAAAUAUUUAAGCCAAACAGAAAUCAUGCUUUUUGAUACUAUAGAGACAUAAUCUGUGUAACACUUAUGCACUCUGAAUUGUUUGAUAAAACAAUCGUUUCUGUAGUAUUGUAGAAUAGGGUAUUUAUUAACUAAACUAGACAAAUGUAUUUGAGAUAAUGUUCUGUUACUGCAUACAGUUUAUGGUUUACUGUACAUUAAGGUUAUGAUCUUAAUUUUUAUGUGGUGUGAAUCAGUGUUAUAUUUCCUUUUCUUUUCCUUUAUAUCUCAAAACAAAAUAUAUAAGGUUAUUGUUACUGAAAUGUUCUCUGUUGAGUAAUAUGUUUAGUGUGGACUGUAGAUGGAAAUGCUGUACAUUUGACACUGGAGAAUCACCUUUUUUUUUUUUAGUGUGUAAACUUUGCCUGUUCAUUAAUGUUCAUCUGUAACUUUGGGAUAAUGCUUUACAAUGAAUGUCUAGGUAAGAUCACCAUUUCUCAAGUCAGCUAAAGAUAUUUUUAGAUAUUUUUAUAGAGGGUACAUGAAGCAAAUUUAAGCCUCCAAAACGUAGUUGUUAAGCAAACCAUUAACGAAUUAGGUGGAUGCAUCUUUUGCAUGUAUGGAUAAUGCACAGUUAAGGAGUGGAAAGAAAAGUUUAACAAAAAUGAAAAAGAAAAUUAAAAGUUUAAAAGACGAAUGAUAAUUAAAAAGGAGAUUAGAAUAGGGAAAAUGGCUCGACUUGUGAGCACAAGUUUCAAGAAAGAGCAGCAGUUGCGGUAAGAACCCAACCUGCAACACACGCUGUUAUUCACACACCUGUUUACGGACCCUAGAUUAGGUGAAGUCCGACAACGUAGUACAGUGCUGCGUUGGGUUAUUGUGCUGGGCUUUGCGGCCAGCGAGGCUUCACCGCCGGCAAGAGACUGAUGUUUGACAGCCUCUCUGACCGUUUGAGAUUCCUAGUUGUAACCUGAGCUGCAGUUCUAUGCUUAUCUAGUCAAUCAGUUGACCCUCUCCCUUUGUAUGUUGUCUUCACUGUUAGACAUCAUAUUUAAUGUUUAUGUAAUAUAUAUACAUUAUAUAUAUAAAUUAUGAUUUUUUUUUUUUUUUCAAUCUUUAGUAAUUAUCACUGUUGGCUUACCAAAAGGAAAAUGAAGAGAGAAAAGAAAAGGAACUCCCCUCUGUGGUGGGCUGUGGUAGGUGUUUAAGAUUGUACUUUACCGAAAGCAUACUGUAUGUUGAUCAUCGAGAUUUUGUUUUUCUUUUUUAUAUCAUGCAGAGAGAGAGUAUUGUUGCUUUUUGGGGAAUACUCUUUAAUAUAUAUUUGAUGUUUAGAGUAGAAAUUCUUUUCAACCCAAUAUUUGUUGCUAUAAUUAUGAGCAUUUAGAGAAUCCUGUUAUGUAAUAACAUGUUGUGAUCCUUUCCAAAUAACUAUAUUCUAAUUUAAGGAAUUAGAAAACCCCUUUUUUUUUCUUUUUUUAAAGAAUUAUAUUAUACCUGUUGUUGAAUUGUAUAAGAUGCAUAUUUAGUAUAUUUUGUUGACUUUAUUGCAUUCAAAUUAUUCAGAUUUCUUGAGACAUGAUGCACUUCACUCGUUUUGGAUUUACUGUACUCACCCGUAAGAACACUAGUAGAAAUAUGCAACCCAAAUAUCCAGGGGUAUAUACCAUGGAUAGAGUAGACAUUAAAUUAUUUUCAAUAUUA